AUGGAAAUCCAUACAUCAGAGAGGCAUCGGACAGACUUCCAGCGCUCAAAGGUUAUGAAUGCCACUAAUAGUCGCGGUGACUUGAACAUCUUAACAGGUCUAGAUGUUGGAUUUCUACGAGAUAACGGCGAAUGGGUUACACAGGUUGAAUCUAUAGCUUGGGACAAUAUCGUUUCUUUGGACAGCUUAGUUAAAAGUACAGAACAACUAGUGCUCAAGUACUCUAGCCCGAACGAAGUCAUCAAAAAAUCAAUUCAAAAGGUCUUUGAAAAUGUCCUGACUCGAUACCCUCUCUUCUUUGGGUACUGGAAGCGCUUUACAGCUGUACAGUAUCAAUUGAACGGACUAGAGAGUUCAAUAGAGGUACUUUCGCGGGCCGUGGAUGCAUUCCCUCACUCACUGGACCUUUGGUGUGCCUACCUUAAUGUUUUGAUGGCAAAUAAUGCAGACCGGGUAGACCAAAUCAGGAUAAACUUCGAAAUUGCACGGGAUUUCGUGGGAUUCCAGUUUCUCUCGCAUCCUUUCUGGGACAAAUACAUCGAAUUCGAGACAGCCCAAGGUCAAAUUGAUAAGUUGGCUGCUAUCUAUCAGGCGAUCAGCCGUAUACCAUUGCAUCAGUAUUCCAAAUAUUACACUGCAUACAAAGAGUUUGCGCAAAGCAAUUCUUCAAAAUUACAGAUCGACGAUGAUAUUGACCAGGUGUUCAGUAUUACCCAACAACUGGUCAAUAGUGUUUGGAAAUUCGAAUCUCAAAUCUCGCAAAGCUAUUUCAAUUUAGGUCCGCUGGCACAAAAGGAGCUAGACAACUGGGAUCAGUAUCUUAACUUUGCCAUCGACUCAGAGCUGGUAUCAAACCAAUUGACUAAGUGUAUCUUCCAGCGCUGCCUAAUUCCUUGUAGGUACUACGAGCAUUUCUGGGUGCGAUUCUGUUCCUGGAUGGAGAGGAAUGACGAAAAGGCAUCCUGCCUCGAGGUUUACCAACAAGGCGUUCAAGUUCUACCUACCGAUGUGCGUAAGCUACGCCAAAAUUAUCUGUCAUUUUUGAAGGAGUCGUUGAGAAUUGGCAACCAAAAUCUAUUAGAGGUAUAUGUACUGGCCAUGGCAGAAUAUUCUGGCCUGUAUCCUACCGAAACAAGUUUCAUCAAAGAUUUUCUGAUGAUCAUCAAACAAAGAGAAUUUGCCUCAAGCUUAUCACAGUCAGACCAAGAAAUCCUGGCACAACAGGUGGCUUUUUCGGCUUAUCUGGAAAAAAAUGUCCGCAUGUUUCUUCGACAGCAGGAGGACGGAGAUGAAAGGCUGCAAAACUUGUUGAACGAUUCAACUCUACCAAUUAUUGUAGUAGAGCUUAUCAAGUCGUCCUACCUGAUCUUAAAGAACAAUUUACAAACAAAAGCAUACUUUACUGAAUUCGGCAAGCUGCCACAAAUGAAAUUUUCCACGACGUUUUGGUUGACGCACUAUAAGUUCUUGAAGGCUACUGUCGAUAUAAAUGGCUUAGAGGAAUUUGUUACUAAGCUGGGAACUGAAAUAAAAAUCCCGACCACGAUUAUCAACGAUAUAGUUGGCGAUUUCAAAUCCUUUUUCUUGACAAAUGUCGGAAUCAGUGACUAUGAAAGAGAAGUAUCUGGUGGUCGUUAUAAAAUGGGACUGGAUCCCUUAGUAGAUCUCGAAUUCAAAAUUAAUAACCCUCUCUGGAGCAAACAAGGACUGGGAGCACUGAAAAGAGAUAAUAGGGACAAUGGGCACCCUGGCUUGUAUCUUGACAAGCCUGUCAUAUCGAACACCAUAGUAGAGUGCCAAUCUAAAGACUUGGUAGACAAGCCCCCACCUUUACCAACAUUCAGAAAUCUGGAGAAAGUUAACAAAGCUGCUGUGCACAAAGAUUUCUUCUCGACAGACUAUCUAUAUCAGACAUAG